AUGGGUAAACAAGAAUGCCUUGAUUGUACCACACUGCAGAGUAAAGCCAACUUACAGCGACACAUAAGAGUUAAUAUUCGUAGAAAAGCAGUCAGUUGUUUCUAUUGCAGUGAAAAAUUGAAGCAGGACUGUGCUCUCAAAGAACAUGUAAAAAUUUCACAUAACUCUGAAAACUCUGGAGAGGAGGCUGGAAUGAAUAUGGAUGAGCAAAAGUUUUGCCUUCCUGUGUAUGAAGCCAAAGUGCAUUCUAGAGAGCAUGUAAAGAUAUAUGUUUUGCUAAGGAUUGGUCAGUGUCCUGAUAACUGUAGUUUACAUGCCAGAAAAAUUCAAAGAACUGAGAACAACUUAAUCCAGCAUGAGAGGACACAUACCAAAGAUAGAGCUUUCAGUGUACACAGUGUGCACACAAAUUUGGUUCAAGAGAAUGCCUUAGCACAGCAUGAAGCAACACAUAAAACUAGACAACAGGAUAAAAGUUUUCAGUGUUCCAUUUCUGAGUGUAGAUUCCUUCCAGAAGAACACAACACAAUGCUAAGAGGAGGACAAGGAGCCUUCCGCGUCUAUCAAUGUGAUAGCAAGUUCAGUUUGGAGAAUGACUUAUAA